GGGAGGAGGAGGAGGAGAUUGUCAUUUCGACGGGUUUGCAUUUCAGGUGAUUGUGUCUCUGUGUGUGUAUGUGUGAGUCUCGUCUUCUGCAUUAGGACCCAGGGAGAAUUGCUCUAUUCAGAGACCAAUGCGCCUGCGCCGUCUUGAAGUGUCCGGAGACCGGGCUGGCUGGACUGAGCCGCUAGUUCCCUGCUGGCACCCAGCCUCCAGCACCACCUGCGAGCUCAGGGCCGGCGGCCGUGGGGUUGGGGACUGAUCUCCACAUCACCAGCACAAGCCACCCGAGGCAGCAGUGUUAGAGAGCCCGGCUGGAUCUCCUCCUGCUGCUUGAGCCGCGGGGGAUGGAGGAAUAAAGGGGCUCCACCACCACUGCUAUUCCCCCCCUUUGCAGUCCCCCCACUCUCUGCAUAGGAGCAAACCCCCAAAGCUCAGGCGGGGAGCUGGAGCUCUGUGCGCAGCGCUGUCCAUUCAGCACCAAGCCCGGGCAGCCCCUGGGAAGCACCGCUCUGUGAUCCCUCCUUCAGCAGCAGAGCAAGGACAGGCAAAGCCAGCUUGCAGGUACCGGGGCGCCUGCCGCUGCCGGCGGGACUGCUGCAGAAUGUGAUGUGAAUCAACAAGGAGAGAGCCGAGAGGGGAGUCCCCUGCCGGAUCCGUCGCUUUUGUCUGGAUUCAAGAUCUGCAGUUGGAGAUUUUUUGUUCCCCUUCUGCUGCUUCUGUAUUUCGGUGGCUUUACCUUCGCCCCCAAAGAAUUGGGGUUUUGGGGGGGGAGGGGUUGGGGGUUUUAAAAUCAGGAUCGCUGCGUCUUGACCUCCCCAACGGCAGCUACCUCUGCUUCUGUCUGUCUCUGAAGGACUUAAAGUAGAGAGAGAUUUUUUUUAAAAAAAAACAACAACCCUUCAUCAAUAGAUCUGGUCUGUGGCUGCGGCUGGGCGAUAGUAUCCGCCCCCUCCAUCCCUCAUUGUGUGUCUGUCUGUCUGCGAUCCCCUUAUACCUUCCCCUCCCCCCUCCGUUUGUUUUUGGACCCUGCUGCCACCAUCAUCAACCCCCGCCCCCUUCCCAACUAAGAGGUUCCUUGAACAAAUGUGUAGCACUGGAUUCUUUUUUGGCCACAUCUAACUAAGGAAAGAACCCCCCCUCCCCCCCCAUACCUAGGUACCUGGCAGACCUUUGCGACUGCUGUUCUUGGGGAGUGGGUGUUCUCUCCUCUCCAAACCCCGGCUUAAAAUAAAACAGUACAAGAGUUUUUAACUGCAAAUAAAAGGAAUCUUAGGACUGCCAGCAUUAAUUUUCAGGGUUGCCGUUGGGGUUGUAACAUUUGGAAGAAGAGGCACGAGGGGCUGACACCAGUUGGGUGCCCUUUGCCUAGGUGAUUCCUGACCAGCUGGAUAAAUUAUCAGUUUAGGUAUCGAUUGCAGUCAAGAAGCCACCCCCUUAUGUGCUUGCUGUGUGCCGUGCUUCCUUGCAUGAGUCUGCGACAUGCCUAAUAAGAGACGAGAUGGGCCAGGGCGACGAGAGCGAUCGCAUCGUGAUCAACGUGGGAGGGACUAGGCACCAGACUUACCGCAGCACCCUGCGCACCCUGCCCGGCACUCGGCUGGCCUGGAUUGCUGAGCCCGAUGCCCACAGCCACUUUGACUAUGACCCGCGCACAGACGAGUUCUUCUUCGACCGGCACCCGGGCGUCUUUGCCCACAUCCUGAACUACUACCGCACAGGCAAGCUGCACUGCCCAGCGGAUGUGUGUGGGCCUCUGUACGAGGAGGAGCUGGCCUUCUGGGGCAUUGAUGAGACUGAUGUGGAGCCCUGCUGCUGGAUGACUUACCGCCAGCACCGGGACGCCGAGGAGGCACUCGACAGUUUUGGUGGGGCACCACUGGAUAGCAGUGCUGAUGACGGAGAUGCAGAUGGUACCGGAGACUCCGGGGAUGGCGAGGAAGAGCUGGAGAUGACUAAACGCCUGGCACUCAGUGACUCACCAGAUGGCAGGUCCGGGGGCUUUUGGAGGAGGUGGCAGCCCCGAAUCUGGGCACUUUUUGAGGACCCCUAUUCCUCCAGAUAUGCAAGGGUAAGCUAUAUAAUCGGCACCCUAAUCACCACGCUUACGUCUUUCCCAGGACAGUCCCUCACCUCAGUCCUUCUUGCUAACUUCGUUAUCCUCAGCACUACUGAACUAGACUCACUCUGGAGAAAACACACAUGUAUGGUCACCUUGAGACCUGGCCUCUAGAGCAGGUACAUAUGCAAUCUAGAGCAGACACACAUGCAUGGGCCCCAGAUGGCAGGUCUGGCAGUUUCUGGAGAAGGUGGCAGCCCUGCAUCUGGGCACUUUUUGAGGACCCUUAUUUCUCCAGAUAUGCAAGGGUAAACUAUACAAUCAGCACCCUAAUCAUCAUGCUUACAUCUUACCUAGGACAGUCCCCUCACCUCAGUCCUUGCUAGCUUCAUUACCCUCGGCACUAUUGCACUGCAUUCACUCUAGAGCAGACACACACGUAUGGUUAUAUGGAGACUUGGACUCUAGAGCAGGCACACAUGUAUAGCCACAUGUGGCUUAGGGAGGACACAUGCAUGGGCGCGUGGAGAUGUGCAUUCCAGAGCAGGCACAUGCUGUGUAGAGCAUUCAUACAUGCGUGGGCACAUGGAGACCUACACUCUAGAGCACAUGCAUGGACCCAUGCCCUUUCUCACUUCCAGGGAGACAGGAGAGAGGUUCAUUAGAGCAGGUACACAGGAGAUUGAGAAU